CAUGCAUUUUCGGGGAUUUGAUGCAUUGAACACUGUAAAAAACAUAUUUUCUGUUUUUCCUUCAAUUGUUUACUACUUUUUACAUUCCGUUGAUUAAACGAAAGUAAUUUAACUGUUACUGUGCUUAUCAGUAUGGUUUUAAAUGUGACACUCAUUAGUUUUAAAACUGGACGUUGAUAUUUUACACCAGUCAUCAAUGAUCCCCUUAUUAUUAUUUGCCUUAUUACCUCAUAUAAAUCUGAUUGAAGGUAAUUCUGAAGUAUUCGAUGGAAAGUAUUCUUUUACAGAAAGUCUUACUCCUUACAUUCGGCGUCAUGGAUCCAGGCUGAGUCAUCGUUCAAUUCGCGAAUGCCAUCAGGAAAUGUACGGUAGUCCACCACAUGAAUUGUUUGAAGCUCAUCAGUCUAAUAAUUCGUUGCCGUUAAUAAUUCAUAAACGAUUCGUAAAAGCCAUUCCGUCUCCACCAUUUUCACCGAGAACUGCACGAGGGCAUUAUAUUGUAGUUCCUGAUCCGUUACGAACAUUGUCUGUGCUGGAACCUGACCAACCUGGCGGUUGCAAGUUAAAAAUUCGACAGAGUGUUGCUGAAACUUCAGCAAAACACAAUUGUGUAGUUAGUUUGAAUGCUGGUUAUUUUAACACCAAAGAUGGGUCAUGUUUAGGUAAUGUGAUAAGUGACAGCCGAAGAGCUCAAGAUUCAAAUGGCAUUCAAAAUGUACACUUUGGGCUUACUGAAGAUGGUCAUAUCUUUGUUGGAUAUUUAUCAAAAGAGCAGUUUCUUUCUGAAAAUUUUAAGCAACUGGUUGGAGGAGUAGUUUGGAUUCUCAGAAAUGGAUCUGAUUUUGUGAAUGAUAGUAAAAAAAUGGAGUGUGAAGAUACUGAAGAAACAGGUCCAAUGGAACGAUUUGUCAAUAUAUUAUCAGCUAGGUCAGUUAUAGGUCAUGAUAAAGAUGGGAAUAUUAUACUUCUUCAAGUUGAUGGUAAAUCUGAAGUGGAUGGCAUAAAUCUCUAUGAAAUGCAAAGUCUGUUGAAAGAAUUUGGAUUUGUAAAUGCUGUCAAUUUAGAUGGUGGAGGAUCUUCAACUUUAGUUAUGCAUGGUGUAACAGCAAACUAUCCUUAUGAUGAAUGGUAUGUUGAGAUCUGGAUGCUUAUUUUCAUAUUUAUAGAUAUUACU